GAGUUCCGGGGUGAGCUGCUAAACCAGAGGUGGACACACGGAAGCAAGGCCAGCAGCUGUAGGACCUCAAGACACCUCCUAGGCAGACACAGCAAGAUGAGCUUAGAAAAUGAUGAUAAGCGAGGUCGUACCCGAUCCAAGGCUCUCCGAGGACCCCCAGAAAGCACAGCUGCAGACCUCAGCUGCCCCACCCCAGGAUGCACAGGCUCAGGACACGUCCGGGGAAAGUAUUCCAGGCAUCGGAGUUUGCAGAGCUGCCCUCUGGCCAAGAAGAGGAAGCUGGAGGGUGCUGAGGCUGAGCACCUGGUAUCCAAGAGGAAGUCACACCCCCUGAAGCUGGCUCUGGACGAGGGCUAUGGUGUGGACAGCGACGGCAGUGAGGACACCGAGGUGAAGGACGCCUCUGUUUCAGAUGAAUCGGAAGGAACUCUGGAGGGGGCUGAGGCUGAGAUGUCUGGACAGGAGGAGAUUCAUCGUCCCGAGCCAGCUGAAGGAAGGAGCCCCAUCAAGUCCCAUUUUGGAUCCAACCCCAUCAGCAGCCCUACUGCCUCUUCCAAGGGUAGCUACAGCAGCUAUAAAGGAAUCAUUGCAACUUCUCUCCUAAACUUGGGCCGAAUUGCUGAAGAGACCCUGGUGGGGGAGGACUUUGGCCAAGUGGCCAAGCCAGGCCCCAGCAUUGUGCACCUGCUUCAGGAGGAGGCUGUGGAGGGAGCCACCAGUGAUGAGGGUGAAAGGGACUUGUUCAUCCAGCCAGAGGAUGCAGAGGAGGUUGUUGAAGUCACCAGUGAGCGUUCCCAGGAGCUGUGUCCCCAGUCCCUGGAGGAUGUGGCUAGUGAGGAGUCCAGCAAGCAAAAAGGCAUCCUGGGUCAUGAGGAGGAGGAGGAUGAAGAAGAGGAGGAGGAAGGGGAAGAAGAGGAGGAGGAGGAAGGGGAAGAAGAGGAGGAAGAGGGAGCAGUUCCUAAUGUGAUCUUCAAGGAGGAUGUCUCCCAUCCAUCUGCCCAGAAGGGCCCUGAGCUAAGGUGCCCAGAGCCGCUCAGUCCCAAGCCUGAGUAUUCUGUCAUUGUGGAGGUCCGCUCUGAUGAUGACAAGGAUGAGGAUGCACACUCCCAGAAGUCAGAGGUCACAGACGAGCUGGAGAUGCAUGACAUGAUGACGCGGGGGAACCUGGGCCUCCUGGAGCAGGCUAUUGCCCUGAAGGCCGAGCAGGUGCGAGCCGUCUGUGAGCCUGGCUGCCCGUCUGCUGAGCAGGGCCAACUGGGCAUGGGUGAGCCAGGGAAGGCCACGAAGCCCCUGGACACGAUGCGGAAGAGCUACUACAACAAAGAUCCUUCAAGAGCUGAGAAGCGUGAGAUCAAGUGUCCAACACCAGGCUGUGAUGGCACUGGCCAUGUUACUGGGCUGUACCCUCACCACCGCAGCCUGUCUGGCUGUCCCCACAAGGAUAGGAUCCCUCCGGAGAUCUUGGCCAUGCAUGAGAAUGUGCUGAAGUGCCCUACUCCUGGCUGCACGGGCCAGGGUCAUGUGAACAGCAACCGCAACACACACAGAAGUUUAUCUGGCUGUCCCAUUGCUGCUGCUGAAAAAUUAGCCAAAUCUCAUGAGAAGCAGCAGCCACAGAUGGGAGACCCUUCCAAGAAUAGCUCCAAUUCAGAUCGGAUCCUCAGGCCUAUGUGCUUCGUGAAGCAGCUUGAAGUCCCUCCAUAUGGGAGCUACCGGCCCAGUGUGGCUCCUACCACGCCCAGGGCCAACUUGGCCAAGGAGCUGGAGAAGUUCUCCAAGGUCACCUUUGACUACGCAAGUUUCGAUGCUCAGGUUUUUGGCAAACGCAUGCUUGCCCCAAAGAUUCAGACCAGCGAAACCUCACCUAAAGCCUUUCAGUGUAACACUUCAUCCUCCUCUGCGGGCUUUGACUACUCACAGGACGCCGAGGCUGCACACAUGGCUGCCACUGCCAUCCUGAACCUCUCUACACGCUGCUGGGAGAUGCCCGAGAACCUCAGCACAAAGCCGCAGGACCCCCCUGGCAAGUCUGUGGACAUUGAAGUGGAUGAGAACGGAACCCUGGACCUGAGCAUGCACAAGCACCGCAGGCGGGAGGGCACUGGCCCUGGUCCUGGCAGUGGGAGCAGCAGUGGCAGCCCUGGAGUGAAGUCUCCUGAGGCUUCCCAGCGCCAGAGCAGCACCAACGCCCCUAGCAGCUCCAUAACUUCACCCCAGUCCAGCCAGGCCUCGCGUCAGGAUGAGUGGGAUCGACCCCUGGACUACACCAAGCCCAGCCGCCUGCGAGAGGAGGAGCCGGAGGAGUCAGAGCCAGCAGCCCAUUCUUUUGCUUCUUCUGAAGCAGAUGACCAGGAAGUGUCGGAAGAGAGUUUUGAGGAGCGGAAGUACCCGGGGGAAGUCACCCUGACCAACUUUAAGUUGAAGUUUCUCUCCAAGGACAUAAAGAAAGAGCUGCUCACCUGUCCCACCCCAGGCUGUGACGGUAGUGGCCACAUCACCGGGAACUAUGCCUCCCACCGCAGCCUCUCUGGUUGCCCUCUUGCUGACAAGAGCCUCAGAAACCUCAUGGCUGCUCACUCUGCUGACCUCAAGUGCCCCACACCUGGCUGUGAUGGCUCUGGCCACAUAACAGGGAACUAUGCUUCUCAUCGGAGCUUGUCAGGCUGCCCUCGUGCCAAGAAAAGUGGAGUAAAGGUGGCCCCCACCAAGGAUGACAAGGAGGACCCUGAGCUGAUGAAGUGCCCAGUUCCAGGCUGUGUGGGGCUUGGUCAUAUCAGUGGCAAAUAUGCCUCUCACAGAAGUGCAUCGGGCUGCCCACUGGCUGCCCGGAGGCAGAAAGAAGGUUCCCUCAAUGGCUCGUCAUUCUCUUGGAAGUCACUAAAGAACGAGGGGCCAACCUGCCCCACCCCAGGCUGUGAUGGCUCUGGCCAUGCCAAUGGGAGCUUUCUUACUCACAGAAGUCUGUCAGGCUGUCCUAGAGCAACAUUUGCUGGAAAGAAGGGAAAACUCUCAGGGGAAGAGGUUCUCAGCUCAAAGUUCAAGACUAGUGACGUGCUGGAGAAUGACGAGGAGAUUAAGCAGCUGAACCAGGAGAUCCGAGACCUGAAUGAAUCCAACUCGGAAAUGGAGGCUGCUAUGGUGCAGCUGCAGUCCCAGAUCUCCUCCAUGGAGAAGAACCUGAGGAGCAUCGAAGAGGAGAACAAGCUCAUUGAGGAGCAGAAUGAAGCCCUGUUUCUGGAGCUGUCCGGCCUGAGCCAGGCCCUCAUCCAAAGUCUCGCCAAUAUCCGCCUUCCGCACAUGGAGCCAAUAUGUGAACAGAAUUUCGAUGCCUACGUGAGCACCCUCACUGAUAUGUACUCCAACCAGGAGUGCUACCAAAACCCUGAGAACAAGGCCCUCCUGGAGAGCAUCAAGCAGGCUGUGAGGGGCAUCCAGGUCUAG